AUGCCAGGCGAAGGGCGCGCGGCGCGGCCGAGCAGGCGGAGCGGAGGCGGCGGGAGCAGCGCCCGUCCGGCCGGCAGCGGCUGCUCGAGACGCCCCCUCGGGGCGCGCGGCCACGCCCCCCGCCCGGCGCGCCCUCCACCACUCUACCCGCCGCGCGAGGCCGCCGGGGGGCGGGGCCCUGGGCGAAGGAGCCGCCCCCUCGGCGCGCCCACUCGAGCCCCGGAGCACGCCCCCUCCCCCUUUCCCGAGAGCGCCUUCUAUACGGGAGGUGCCUUCCACACGGGCGCGGCCGCCCGCCUCCCGGUCCGCUACCCGCAGCACCAGUUCCUCACGCCAGGAGGCUCCGCCCCGUCCCCGGUACGGUCCCACCCCCGGAGCGCGCCCCGCCCCAUCCCGGCACGCCCCUCCCUCCUCGGACGGGCGCGCCCAUCCCUGCUCGGCGCGCGCCCCGCCUCCUCGCGGGCUCGCCCACCCCCGCUGGUGCGCGCGGCCGGCGGGAGCCCUCCCCUUCCCCGGGCUCUUCCACCCCUGCCCGGGCGCGCCCCAGGUCGCGAUGGGGAAGGGCUCCGCUCCCCACGUGGCCCGGUGGGGGUGCGGAAGCGGCCAGCCCCGCCCCCUGGCCACGUGCGCGACCCUCCCCCCUCACGUCCUCCCGGGCCUUUGGCCCUGCUAGACCGCGCUCGCCUGUGUCCCGUCGCACCCUUUUGUCCGGGGUCCCACUCGCCAUUCCCUGGGAUCCGAAGCUAG